GACGGAGAGAGUGGAACAACUGCAAACGGAGAGAAAAAAAAAGUUCGUCUGCCUACAAGUAGGAAUACUUUUCUAGAAAAAUAAUCUUUUAUCGAGUGAUUUCGGGUUUUGAGACAAUCGCUGAACGGUUAGAGGAAGCGCCAGCACGAUGAGCGAUCACGACGUUUCGAAAAUGAAGGUUGCGGAUCUCAAGAAAGAGCUGAAGAACCGAGGCCUCAGCACGCUGGGGAACAAGAACGAGCUGGUGGACCGUCUGCAGGGGGCACUGAUUGACGGUGGUGAUCCGCUGGAGGAAUCGGAUUUGUUGGAAGAUGACGAGCUAAACGACGACAUCCUGGAGGAGGAGGAGGAUAAACACGCGGACGUAACGGCCGAAGAGGACCAGAUGCUCAAGUCUCCCACGCCCAGUGAAGCUUCCAAGUCGGAAUCGCCCGAACAGUUGAGCAAAUCUACCGAACAGCUGCACGAAACCAAGAAAGAUGAAGAAAAUUCGUCGACCGCAGCGGCGGCCGCUCCCCAGAAGAAGGUAGCCCUGAAGCGUAAUAUAUCGAUUUCGGUGCCAACUCCGGCCGCGGUGACCGUCCCGGCAGCCGCCACUGAAGAGUCCAAAAAAGACGGCGACGACGAAAACGGAACGGACCAAAAGUCGGACGAACCGGAGAAGAAAGUUGUCAAGCUGACCCAGUUGACGGCUCUGGAAAGGCUUGAAAUGCGUGCCAAGAAAUUUGGAGCGGCCGCCCCUGUAUCGGAGUCGAAACUCCAAGCCAGGGCGGCCCGCUUUGGGCUGGAUUCCGAGUCCAAGACCACUCCAGCAGGAACUAUGACCGCGACGACGACCUCUAGCCUGGAAGCACUUAAGAAGCGUGCCGAACGAUUCGGCGUCUCCGUUUCGGACAAACUCACCAAGAUCGAUCAGCAGGAAAAGCUUCAGAAGCGCCAGGAACGAUUCGCUGGAACGGCAGCAGCAGCACCGGCAGCCGCGGUGACCACCACCGAGGCCGGCAGCACCGUUGCCGUUACCACGCCGAAGCUGACCGCCACGGGCAAGGUGGCCAUUACCGCAAACAGCAGCAGCUCCAGCUCGAAAACCGACUACGCCGAACGGGCUCGCCUCCGGCUGGAGAGAUUCAAAAACACGGCUUAAUUUCAUACCCAACUUCGCGGCGGAUCGUGGUCCCACAAACACACACAUUAGUUUUAACGGUUAAACUACAAAUGAAGUGUUAGAAAGUAGUUUUUUUCUUAAACCCCCCUUUUCCGGACGAGAGAGAGAGUGUGAGUUCAAUUUUGGUUUGCUUAUAAUUUUGGGAUUUCCCUUCCACUUCUAUUGUAUACCUCUACUAGUUCUUACCAUCUUCAAACAAACUAACAAAAAUACUGUAACGUUCAUGUAAAACUUUUACAUACAUUUGUAAUCAUCAUGAAACAGAGAGAUCCAAUAAAUCCAGCAGUAAGCAAAAUA